AUGAGUUCAAUUAAAUCUACUUGCAUAUUGCUAACUCUCGUUGGAAUAUGUUUAGCAGAAGCAAAUUACUUGCCACCUUUCAAUGGAAAUGGUAACGGCAAUGGGAAUACAAAUGGAAAUGGAGUAUAUAGAAAUGGUAAUGGUAAUGGCGUCAAUGGAAAUGGGGCAUAUGUUAAUGGAAAUGGUGUCAAUGGAGUAUUCAGAAAUGGAAAUGGCAAUGGCGGAUAUACCAAUGGUAACGGUGUGAAUGGAAAUGGAAAUGGAAAUGGUGUAAAUGGUAAUGGGGUUUACGUUAAUGGAAAUGGUGUAAAUGGUAAUGGGGUGUAUGGUAAUGGUGUUAACGGAGGAUAUCACAACGGAAAUGGAGUGACCGUGUACGCCAAUGGCAUCGUGGAUCCCUUCAGAGCUCUGGCUGAUGCCAUUGGCGGUGGAGGCGUCCCAGGUGUGGACUACCCCAUCCUGGCCUUCGUCCCCGACACCGGGUUCUCGUGCAACGGCCAACUUCCUGGAUAUUACGCUGAUACUUCUCCCGAGGCUGGCUGCCAGUAUUUUAGUAAUGUAGAGAUAUAUGGAAAGAAAUUAGACCCUCUUUCAUGCUCAAUAACCAUUUAA